AUGGAAUUUUUUCUAAAAAGAUACGAAUGUUUUGAAGAAAGAAUUUUACAGAGUUUGAAAGAUAAUGUCAUACAACAUCGGAUAAAAGCUAACUGUGGACUAUGGCUUGGAACAUUAGUAGGUUUAAGUGCAAUUCUGACUUUACUAAAAGAAGAUGCUAGUUACUCUGAAAUUUGCCUUAUUGUAGGCCUCACUGGAGUAGGUCUUGUUGUUAGUGCUAUAUGUUUAUAUUUGAAAUUAUCAACAGAAAAAGUAGCAGUUAGAGAUUUUCAAGUUAUAUAUUUUCUACCAGCCAUAAUAACAUCUUUGUUAUAUCUUCUUGUGGCAAAUAAAGGAUUACUGGUGAGUGUCACAUGGGGCUUAGGCAUUGGAAGUUUAGGUACAUGGGGAGUUCUUCAACUGAUGUCUACAUUUCCUUGUUGCUUUACAAUCGGAGAAGCAACAGCAGUUAUGCAUGGUUGUGUCUUGUUCCUGAUGUCUGUAGUAACAAACUUGCCUUUAAGAUAUCACUUGCCACCAAUUCAUGAUGAUGAUAUUGCAACAGUUUUAUUGCAGGUUACAAUGCUAUAUGUAAUAUCAGUCUGUUUAAUGUCUAGUUAUUUUCCAAUGUUUCAUAUGACCAAAAAUUUUUACAUAAUGACAAUCACUCUUUUGUCAAUUGUAGUUUUACCACUAAUGUAUGCUUUAUUGGACCAAAAUCCCUUAACUUGGAUGUUUUACUUUAUUUUGAAUAAAAAAAAUAAGAUUGUCUUAAUUGGAUAUUGGGCUAUUUGUUUACUACUAGGUGUACUUGUUGUUACAUACCAGAUAUUAUUAAAACUUCCAGCAACAACUUCAACUAGGAAAAUAUUUCACUUACUAGCUGUACUUGUAUAUAUACCUGGUUUAAUACAUGAACGUGUACUACUGUAUCUAGCUAGUGGUAUAAUAAUGGGAUUGUUUGUACUUCUUGAGUUAAUGCGAUAUUUAAAAAUACCACCUUUUGGAGAAGUGUUGCAACAAGGAUUUUCUGUGUUUGUUGAUGAAAAAGAUAAUUUGAUUUCUAUGACACCUUUAUAUUUAUUCUGUGGUUUGUCCUUUCCACUUUGGAUGCCUACUAAUAAUCUCACGCUAUUAGCUUUGCUCAGUGGUAUUCUGACAGUUGGGGUGGGUGAUGCUGCUGCUAGUUUUGUUGGAAAUAAAUGGGGCUUUCAUAAAUGGACUAAUUCAGAUAAAUCUAUGGAAGGAACAAUUGCUUGCAUUUUUAGUCAAAUUGGAUUGAUAUGUCUUUUAACAUUUAUGGGUUAUGUAGACAAUGGUUGGUUGUUUUUACGAAGUUUGUUGUCGAUUGUUGCACUGUCGUUUAUUGAAGCACAAACGAAUCAGGUCGACAAUUUAGCGUUACCUUUAUUGAUGUACGUGUGCCUAACAAUUUAGGCAAGUA